UUACCCUCCUGGGCACUAACUACCUUUGCUGCCAAGACCAGUAGAAGUGUGACAGAUUGAGACCAUCGUGGAUUUACAUUCAUUCUAAAAUGACUAAAACACUUUGAAGUUAAAGGAAUUUAGGAGUUUCCUGAAACGGCGAAAAAUUUUAAUACAAACCAGAUCUGCAAGUUCUUACAAGAAACAUAGGAAGAAAGGAAGUGAAUAUUGAGCUGUUGCUUUGGUAGGCAGUUACUCCCUGGAAAUGUAUGGCCUUUUUCAUUUAAAGACUUGUGCAAAUCUGAAGAGGCAAAACCUUUUUAUUUUAUUAUUUCUGUUUACCAUUUGGUGCAAUACUUCUGCAGCAUCAAGGAGUCAAAAAAACAGAUACAGGACUCCUGCUUCUCAAAUUCUUCUUCAUGCUUCUUCGCAGCAUGCUGGAACAAGUGGAGCUGGAAGCAGAGAGCCUUCUGUGCAGGAUGGUCAGACCCUGCAAAGCAGAAACUCUAGCAUGCCGAUACUUGCUGUCAUAACAGGCUUUGAUUUUUUAGUUGACUUUGCUGGUAAACACCGCCUUUGGGUCAUCACAGCACCAACUUUUGCCGAUAACUAUUACAGAAUGAUGGAAAAACAGAUAGAGGAAACACAAACCGAAGGGUUGGUCUGCAAACUCGCGGAGAGAGACACCUUCAUUGUCAUCCUGAUUCACAACGCAAUGAUGGAAGGUAAACUUAGAAAAACAACCCAUGGGGGGGAGAUAACAGAGGAAAUGAUUGAUCAAAAUACAGUGACUAAGCUGAUGCACUAUUUAGCGUUUGAGUAUGGAAAGUUUGGCAUGCUAAUUUUAAAGAAAAACUUACAGGUGGGUGAGCGCUUCCCCUACCCUGUUAGAAUUGAAGCAGUAUUGGAAACCAUAGAUCAGUUGCCAUUAAGAAAAUUAGAAAAAUUAACAAGAAGAGGGGCUCUGGAGAAGUGCAACAUUCCCAAACGACUAGUCAAGCGAAGACAAGGAUCUGCAGUCAGAAAAGUAAAGGUUGUCAAUACUUCAAUACAAAGUAACCACACUUUAUUAAACUUCAAACAGAAGAGGCUACACAAUCAAAAAGUGGCAUUAAAGAACAAAGUCCAAGACAUCUUAAAAGGAAGAUCAAGAUUUGUUAUCAAGAGUCAACCCAGGGUUGUAUCAACUCAAAAAGCAGCAUCUGUAAAACUGAAGUCCUUCAUCAAUUCUAAAACUAGGAGUUCCCUCCCCAGGACUGUGGUACUGACAAAUGAAACCUCUAGUAGAAGAAAACUAAAACAUAAUGGUGAUGAUGUUGUCUACAACUCAAGCAAAUCUCUAGAGGCAACAAGCUUUCUUACCAGAUCUGCACAACAAUUGGGGAAUUUAAGCACAUCUAACACACAUAGCACAGCUGCACCUCAAACAAAAAAGAACAGAAAACACAAAAAGGAAUCUCAAAAGCUAGUUGCACAAAACACAUUGCCUUCCUCAAACAUUUCCACAGCAGUAAGUGACAAAGAUAACAGCAAACAUAAAGCUAAUGGCAGAGAAGGUAAAAAAAAUCGAAAAAAAGGUGGAAGGAAAUCUCAGCGAGCUACAGUUAGCAAGACAGUGCAGGAUUUUUUGGAGCAUUUUCGAAACAAAAGGCGUCUUCUGAUCAUUAGCUCUUCCAGCAAAGAAAAUCUGCUGUACGUUCAACAAAGAGAGGAAAAUGUGGAACACACAUGUGAACUAGCAUUAAGGAAAAUCUCAGUUAUCACUAUUCUUGGCUCUGAGCGAAACAGCACUUUAAAACUAGACCACUAUCAACCUGAUAAGGAAGUUCCAUUUGGCUCCACCCCAAACAAAUUGGUUGACCUUGAUCUGAUUGCACAGAUUCGCAAGGAUUAUAAAAUGGUUUAUAAUGAAUUCUUCAUGGUGGUGACAGACUAUGAUUUGACAUUGAAGCAAUAUUUUGAUGUUCCUGUUGCUAUGAAGUUAAUUAUGGAUUAUAUUGACUCAUUUCCAUCAAGACUACCAGAGAUUGGAAAAGAGAAAAGCGAUUCUGUAUCUUGCAAAGAACAAGAUAGCAGAACCAAUACCUACAACUUUCUAUCAAGAUUUCAUUCUAAAAGAAGACUUUUGAUAAUUUCCUCUCCCAAUGAAGAAGACUAUUCUUUUCAACAGCAAGUUACUGCACUGAAUGGCCAGUCCUGUAACCUUGGAAUCCGGCAUUUUGCUGUACUGAAAUUAAUUGGAGCAGGGCCCGAAGCUUCAGCGUCUCUUGAUUUGUUUCCAGUAAAUGGAAAGAGUCAAUCGGAGCAUGAAGAACUGACUACAGACGUCGUGAAGGGCCUCAGGGAACACUUCAAGAUCAGUGAGGAUUACUUUGCCAUGUUGAUGGUUGGGAAGGAUGGGCUGAUCAAGUCGUGGUACCCAGCUCCCAUGUGGUCCAUGGCAAUCGUCUAUGACCUGGUUGAUUCUAUGCAGCUCAGACAAGAAGAAAAACAUCUUCAGACUUCACUUGGAAUACACUGCCCAGAAGAAUAGUAAUCAACCAGCAAUCAUAUUCCUGCAUGUGAUGAAACUGAUGGCCAGAGCUCUUGGAAUUAUGACAACAUCAUCCCUUUAUAGGGUUACCAGAUUUCCAGAGUGAAAAAUACUUCUUUUUCAGUUUGGUAAAGGUGAAGCAACUCUGAAUCAGUUAAAAUAUGUAUACAAUAACACAAUCAUAAUUUAAAAGUGAAACAUUGGGUGUAUAUAUGUUCUUUAAUCAGUCAUAAAAAUGGCUGUAUUAAUCAAAACACAAUCGGGAGUAACUUAAAAGGCUAAAUUGGCUGGUGGCACUUCCAAGAUAAAAUAAAUAUGUUUUUACAUAGUUGUCCAGUAAAUGAAAAUGAAUUAUUAUACAAGUGAUCCAUAAUUUUUGUUAUUUAAUUUUUGUAUAAUACAUUACUGAGCUGUCAGCUUCCUAAGCACACUGCUAAAGUUUUGUAUUUAUAAAAAUGUGAACACAAAAUAGCAAAACCGGGACUGUCUAACAAUUUUAUAGUUUCUGACUGGGACAAAAAAAAAUUAAGGCUGAAAACUGGGAAGUCUGGUAACCCUAUCACUUUAGUAAUGUAACAUCUUAUAUGCGAAUCAUAGACAACAUUCAUGUGCAUUUGCUUUUCUUAAUUAAAAUACAUUUCUGGUACACAUUCUACUAUAUAUGUAUGAGAUGUUUUAAUCAUUUACAACCUUUUUUUUAUUUUUUUUUACAAUGUUAUCUUGCUUUU